CAAAUUGUUUUCGAUUUCGAAUCUUUUUACGUUUUUAAUUUAAUAAAGUUUUAAUUUUUCGAUAUAUUUACGCAUUAUUCAAAGUAGUUUUUUUACCACUCUUGAUAUGUGUAUUUAGAAGAGUUUGUAUUUAUUUCUAUUUAAAAGUAGUUAUGUUCGGUACUUUCGUACAUAAGAACUGUGCACUUAAAAGAAGAAAUGAAAAAUGAAUAACUCCUCAGAUUACUCCACAAUCAUCUGGUCCGAGCCACAUUGCUCUAAAGAUGCACUUACGGAUACAUACGGCUGGUUUAUGCAGUUUCUCUUGGCAGUUUUGGCGUUUACGUGCCUAAUUGGUAAAAGAUUUUGUGAACCUCGCUAUGCAAGAAGACCAUGGCUGAUUUGGUUCUAUGACACAUCAAAACAAGGUCUUGGAGCAUUUAUUAUUCAUGCUGCUAACGUUUGGCUUUCCCCUCACCUCAGUGGAAAUCCUUGUACAUGGUACAUAGUUAAUUUCAUGUUGGACUCUACACUGGGUCUUCUUAUAAUCUGGGCAGGCAUCCGACUGGCGCAGUACUAUGCCAGACUGUAUGAUAUACCAUUGAUCAAUUUUGGUGAAUAUGGCAAACCACCGAUGUGUUCCGCAUGGAUAUGUCAGUGCGUACUAUAUGCAGCGCUAGCUACUUUCGCCAAGUCGAUACUGGCGCUAGUGCUACGCCUACCCCCAGUGGUCGCUGUGCUAUCGACGCUGCGACUGUCGCCCGUGUCGGACCCGCGCCUAGAACUGGCUGUAGUCAUGCUCAUCAUUCCCUUCUUCAUUAACAUUUUAAUAUUUUGGGUGACUGAUAACUUCCUUAUGUAUCGACCAAGAGGUGUGAGCAGCAAAAUUAAAACAAAGGUGCGAUACCAGUCGAUAAAGAAAGAGAAGUCAGGGUCUGAAGAGGAGGAGCAUUCGGCGGACGAACGUCUCCUCAGCGCGAGCGUAUGACCACACACCCAGCCCGCCAAGAGGGCUUAACAUAUUGGCUUAUGUGUUUAAACUUAGGCAGUCGGUAUGUGUUGUGGGGUGUAUAUAGAACAAUUUUGAUAUAAAACGAUUAGGGCAAACCGGUCAAGUGUGAGUAGGACUCGCCAACGAAGGGUUCCGUAUCAAAUAUCAAUGUUUUUACGGUAAAGUUAUAACAAGUUGCGUUCUACAUUUGCCAUGAAGCACUGUUCUAAUUCUGUAAAAUUGUUCAACCGGGUGAAGUCGGAGCGGACAGCUAGUUUUCAAUAGAAUAGAAUAGAAAUAUGUUUUAUUCAAACAAACUCUUACAAGUACUUUUGAAUAAUGCAUCUACCACUGGUUCGGAAUGCGUUUUUUACCGAGAAGAACUAGCAAGAAACUCGGUGGUUGCUCUUUUCAAAGUUUUAGUCAAUUAUGAUGUCAUAACCACAUGAAGCAAUUUACUGCAAUACCCACCAAUACCUGGAAUCAGCAACAUUAUGCGAAAUAAUUGCUUAAAAAAUUGCCCAAUGCCCAUAUAAGCGCACCAUUAUAAUUUGUUCUAGACUCGUCCGAUCUCUUCACGAAUCUCGAUAAAGCAGUUAUUUUAAAUUAUUAUCAUCAUUAAGGUCACUAUAUGUCAGCGCCAUAUUUCCUACAAUAUCAUUAUAGGCACCUAGUUAGUUAUAUACUUAACUAGCAACCCGCCCCGGCUUCGCACGGGUGCUAUGUAGAUUAUCGCAAAUUAACACAAAAUAAUAUUAAACUAUACUACCAUGAUCUAAAAUAGUUGCUAUGCAAUAAUACAAUAUGCAGAUAAACUAAGCUUUAUAAAAUAACGAUGGUCUGGCACGCGCUGGCUCUGUUUCUACGAGUAUAUAACUCUACUUGAUGAAACAUUUAUGUAUAAAAUGGUUUGCUAUAUCAGAAAAUUUUAUAAUGGCAAAGCUCCUACCUGAC